AAAUAAUGUUUUGCUCAGUCGUUUACAGCACUCUACUCAAAGCGGAAUAAAACUUUGAGCUUGAUCAAUGUUUUGUGAAUGUAAAUAUUCACAUUAAAGCCUUAAACAGUAGAACGUUGAUCUGGUUUGAAAACAUAUAGUGCAAUUUAUUGCAUCAAAUAAAUUACUGUGCUUCUAAAUAUAGUAACAAUAUAGUAUCAUCGGAACAUAAAGUGUCAAAACAAGGAAUCAUGUGAUUUAUCACUUUGGUAUCUAUAUCUAUUUCAUCGCCUUCCGUGGUAUAUGUGCGACACAGAUAGAUAAGAAAUUCCAAACAACGGUCAAAGCUGCACACAAACUGAAUGGCUUGUUUUUGUUGGCUUCCAAACGAGAUUUUGGAAAACAUUUUUCAACAUUUGGAUUUUAAGACCCGUAGAAAUCUUUCCUUGGUGUGCAGACGAUGGAAUGAAGUUUUACUAUCAGAACGAUAUCUACGGAAGCAUGCUAUCUUACGCGUCGAAGGAUGCCGACUACUGAAUGGAAAAAUGUCUUUUGAGAGAGAUUAUGAUGCCAUAUCAAUUAAGCUGGAUGAUCAGCAUUGCAAUGAGAUGACGAAGAACCUCAGAUUAAUUAAUGCUAUUAGCCCAAGUCCAGAGUAUUUACGAAUCGAUAAUAGGAGUGCGGAUCAGCGAUUCGCACUUGUUCUCAAUAAUGUCUUUUUCAGUUUGGAGAAUGUAGAGCAACUUCAUCUGUUGGGUACUUGUAAAACCGAAAAGGGAUAUUUAUGUCACACUUUUAACAACUUGAAAUCAUUAAAAAUUGAGUCAACGCACGUAGAAUAUUUAAAAUUCAUCGCUCCACAAUUGAACGAACUAUACUUAUAUGUAAGCUCAGAAGACCAUAUGGAUCUACUUCCACAGUUUGCCGACCAAUUGGUUAAGUUAACAGUAGUAUUUGAAAGCAAAGACAUUUAUUACUUUUAUAAUCUCACCUUUCCGUUUGUAACGGAGCUUUCCAUAGAUAGGCGAUUGAAAGGGAUGACUAAAAGUGAACAAAACAUCAGUAUUGCGUUCUUUAGAAGACUUCCACAACUGCAGAAGUUACAUAUUUCGGUUAAAUUUAUCGAUAGCUAUGUAAUGCAAAUGAUUUCUACAGGACUACCAAACCUUACUGAGUUGAGCUUGAUAGUAAGUGAAGGAACAAUUCAACUUUCAAAUAUAAGUAAGCUAGUGCAGUUGGAAAAGUUGAAAAUCGAAGCAGAGAAAGUAAAUCUCUUGGAUGCACAUUUUCGCCAUUUGAAGCAUUUAACUCUCGGUUCUUCGGAUUUUCGCACAGGAACGUACGUUUACGCCUUCGAGAGCCUAAUGCUUAUUGAUAGUUUGCGAGUUCUUGGUCUACACAACGUAAAGUUUUAUCCUGAAGUACUGAAACUAACACCGUCCUACAACAUAGGAAGCAUGUAUAUUACCAACUACAAACGGCUAGACGACGGUCAUUUGCAGAUGCUGGUCAGGCGGUUUCCCGCCGUGCGUUGGCUCAAAAUUGCACACUGUCCCGGUUUUACGGCGCGGGAAAUAGAAAAGCUCAAACGAAUGAAUCCCAAAUUGUGUGUUGCUUUCGACGAAGUGACUCAGGGGCGACUGUGAUAGAAUCGGUUGUAUCGAUAUAUUGUAAAGAUUUCAUUUUAUGAUCGGGUAAUAAAUUGUUGUAAGGUUGUUUGCUGUUUAGUACCAAGGGCGUAGCCAGAAGAGGAGUAAGGAGUGGCCGUGGCGAUAUGAAUGCCUAGUUUACUAGUUAUGUCAAAUCUUCAUAUAUUUCAAGCUGCGAUGCAUUCGUCAAGGAAUCUCUUUUGACAUAGCACAACAAGUUACCUCAGACAUUUCUUUAGGAAUUCUUUCAGAUACUUUUGCCGAUACUUUUCGUUAAAUUUUUAUCACAGGAAUUUGUCCAUGUGUUUAAGGAUUCCACCAGGAUGUAUGUCUUCAAAUAUUCCAGGCCCUCAAUGGUAUUUUUCGCCAAUUUCUCACAAAAUGGCUAUGUCCGAUACCCUGCAUCUGCAUAGUAGCGCAACCAGGAUUUGGUUCUAGAAGGACGAUAAAAAAAAGUCCCGACCAGUAGACUACUUAUGAUUUGUUACUCAGUAAGCACAAUUUUCCUAACAAAGUGUGUUAUAAUUUA